AUCUCCAUCGGAGACGCCGUCAACCUCGCGAUUCUCGAGGAGAUGGUCCGAGACCCGACGUGCGUCGCGCACGCGGAGGAUCUGCAGGCGGGGAGCUCGUACAACAUCCCGGCCAACACGCAGCAAGCGUUCGGGACGCUGCGAGCGGCGGACGAGAUCAUCGACGAGGGGCACUUCAUCGGAAAGGCGCGUUCUGCUCUCGGGGAGGCGAUGAACGGGUACCGACCGAUCGUCGAGCUCAUGAACGCCAACUUCGGCAUCUACGGCAUGGCGGAGCUCUCCUCCGCGGGGAACACGUUCGCGACGACGGGCGGGCAGUUUAACAUGCCGAUGACCGUCAUCGGCGCGGGCGGGACCGCGCCGAACCAGUCGCUGGGCGCGGAGCACUCGCAGCCGUUUCACGCGUACAUCAUGGGUAUUCCCGGGUUGAAAAUCUGCACCGCGUCCAAGGCGCCCUACGGCCUCGCGAAGAGCAUGAUCCGCGACAACGGCCCGGGCGUGCUUCUCCUCCCGGUGAAGCUCAUGAAAACCCGCGGGCCGUGCGAGGUGGACAACUUCCUCCCGUUGCACAAGGCGACGCUGCAGCACGAGGCGUCGGCCGCGUCGAUCGCCGCGGGCAAGGCGGUGACCGUGCUCACCUACUUGCACGGCACGAAAGAGAGCGAGGACGCGAUCGAGACGCUCACCGCGGAGGGGUACGACGUCGACCUCAUCGAGCUGACGUGCUUGAAGCCGUUCGACAAGGAGACGAUCCAGGCGAGCCUCGCGCGGACGCACAAGCUCGCGAUUCUCGACGAGAGCACGCGGAGCGGCGGCGUCGGCGCGACUUUCAGCGCGCUGGUGAGCGAGGAGCUCUUCGACGAGCUCGACGCGCCGGUCAGGAGGUUAUGCAUGGAGGACGCGCCGGUGCCGUACGCGACGGAGAUGGAGCGGGUGAUGGUGAAGCGCGCCGCGGAUUUGGUCGAGGGCGUCAAGUCCAUGUGCUGAGAGUGGAAGAGGGGCGGGGGGGCGGAAUGAACGCGCUCAAUUAUUGUGCAUACUAAUCAAUGAAACCGAGUUUUGUU